CUGCAGGUCCCACCCUCCCUCCCGGAAGUGGGACCACGGUUCCGGCGCGCUCUGUUCCGCUUCCCGCGGCCCACCACCUUCGAGUUGUACCUCCACGGGGCCCGAGGGGCCGGGGAGCGCAUCCCGCCCCCGCCCCCACCCACGCCGCCGCCGCCGCCACCGCCGUUUCCGCUGCUCACGCACUCGGAGUCGCUGGCCUCGCUGCCUGAGGUGGGGGCGCUGCGGGCGCGUGCGCGCCGGCCGCCUUCCCGUUGUCGCCCGCGUUCUUGCCGUCCGGGCAUACGUCGGCGCGCGCCUGCUCCUGCAUCCGGCUCCGGACGCUUGCGAUCUUAGUGGGGAACCAACUUGGAGGCCUAUGGUGCGGGUAUCAGGAUUACUUUUGUCCCCAAGGCUAAUUGCAGACCUCCACAUGUCGAACUAUGAGAUUCCACAGAGAAUGAGCCUCUCAUCCUUUUGCCAUCAGUGAGCCAUUCUUCCCAGCUUUCUCCCACCAUCCACUGACCUCAUGUCUACCAUACUCCUGAAUUUAGACUUUGGGCAACCUUCGAAAAAGGCAUUUGGAGGAAAUGCCAAACAUCAACGCUUUGUCAAGAAGCGACGGUUCUUGGAACAGAAAGGAUUUCUGAAUAAAAAGAACCAACCCCCUAGCAAGGUGUCUAAGUUGAACUCAGAACCUCCAAAGAAAGGGGAAACUUCAAGAGUAGAUGGCAUUUUGAAGAUCCUUCCAUGCCCAAAGAAGAAGAAAGAGGCAGCUGCCUCCAAGAGGGACUCAGAGCAGUCCAAAGACAAGAAAGCACCAUUGUCUUGGCUGACCCCUGCUCCUUCAAAGAAGACUGCGUCUGUUGUGGCUAAAAUAGAUUUGCUAGGGGAGUUUCAGAGUGCCCUUCCAAAGACUAAGAACACCCAGAAGAAGGGCUCCAAGAAGAAGCCCUUGAAAAAGAAAAUUGCUACAGAGAACUCCACCCAAGCUCAGUCAAAGGAUAAAGGCUCCAAGAAGAAGCCCUUGAAGAAAAAUGCUGUACAGAACUGCACCAAAGCUCCUUCUAAAGAUAAGUGCCCUACAGUCCCCCAAAACUUGCCAGGGAAGAUGGUGGCAAUAGACUGUGAAAUGGUGGGCACAGGACCCAAGGGAUGCGUUAGUUCCCUGGCUCGAUGCAGCAUUGUGAAUUACAAUGGUGAUGUGCUGUACGAUGAGUACGUCCGUCCCCCCUGCCACAUUGUGAACUACCGGACCAAAUGGAGUGGCAUCCGGAAGCGCCACAUGGUUAACGCUACACCCUUUAAGACUGCUCGGAGUCAGAUCUUGAAGAUACUCUCAGGGAAGGUAGUGGUAGGGCAUGCCAUUCACAAUGACUACAAAGCCCUACAGUACUUUCAUCCCAAGUCCCUCACCAGAGACACUUCCCAGAUACCACUCCUCAACCGGAAGGCUGACUGCCCAGAAAAUGUCACUUUGUCUCUGAAGCAUCUCACCAAGAAGCUGCUGAGUCGGGACAUCCAGGUUGGAAAUAGUGGACAUUCCUCGGUGGAAGAUGCCCAGGCCACAAUGGAGCUGUACAAGUUGGUUGAAGUUGAAUGGGAACAGCACCUGGCCCAGAAUCCUCCAGAAAAUUAGCAAUCCCAGGGAGACACAUGCAGUAGACCAACCCACAGUUCUUCCAGCUUCUCACCUGCAGAAGCUAGAAUCACUGGGGAGAGGGGCUUGACCAGAGGCUUAAUACCCAUUGAAAUUUCAUCUCAGCUAUUUUGGUCACUGUGUGUUAAGUGUCUCGUGGAAGAGGAGAGCUUUCAUGUUAAACCCACCUCUAGGUCAGGCAGGUGGCUCAGACCUAUAAUCCCAGAUACUUGGGAGGCUGAAACCGGUUAUAGAUGUAAAGACUGCCUGGACUACAGAAUUAAUUCUAGGCCAGUGACACCCUGUCUUAACAUAAAAAGAGGGCCAGGGGUAAAGCCCAGUGCUAGAACACUUACCUAGCAUGCAUAAGCCACUAGGUACAGUCUCCAGCAGUGGGGUGGGGGGAGGGUAGAAGGAAUGGAACACAAUGUCAUGAACCAUAACUGUUUACUUCUUUAGAGUGCUAACCACAUGUCACAGGGUGCUUGUGCCAGUCAGCCUUGACUUUGAGGAAGCAAGGCACACCAGGGAAAACAGUGUCCCACACUACCUUCUCUAUGGGACACAUGUCAUAGAUAUGUCUCCUUUUGAUGGGGAGUGAGGUAAAGGAAUAGCUGUUGCCAGGUCUGGCCUCAAACACUUGGGCUCAGAUGACUUCUUCCUCAGCCUCAAGAGUAGCUGGGACUACAGGUGUGUUUUCACCUCUGUGCCUGGUUCUUUUAAUCUUUUUUUUGUUUGUUUGUUUGUUUUUGUUUUUCGAGACAGGGUUUCUCUGUAUAGCCCUGGCUGUCCUGGAACUCACUUUGUAGACCAGGCUGGCCUCGAACUCAGAAAUCCGCCUGCCUCUGUCUCCCGAGUGCUGGGAUCAAAGGCGUGCGCCACCACGCCCGGCAUGGUUCUUUUAAUUUUAUGGGAUUUUUUGUUCUAAAGUAAAUAACAGUAUCUUUUCACUUUCAGACGAGUCCUGAUUGGAGCUCAGCAUAAUGGUCUGUAAUCUCAGGAGUCUGGAGGCCAAGGCGGGGAGAUCAAAAGUUUAAGAUCAAUCUGAGUGCAUAGAAAAAGCUCUGGGUCAGAGAAGUAGAAACAGAGAAGGAAAGAAUUUUGUGGUUGCUUGUUGAAUUUUAUAGCCACGUUACAUAGCACUGACUAACAGUGUUUACUUAAUUUAGGUUCCACUUAGUUUAAAAAGAAUUUGUAUAGUUUUAAUCGUCUUUCAGCCUUCCACCUUGCAAAUGCGGCCUCUUAAUUCAUACAAUUCUUUUUAUGGAUUUUUAUAAUAGAAAACUGGUGGGUUUUGUUUUUUGUUUUUUUACAUAUAAAGAUGUAUUUUUAUUUU